ACAUACAAAAUCAUCAAAUCUCACACAAACCAUAUAUAAAUUCCAAAUACCCAAAAAACCAUUCUCAGUUCUCAGAAAACCUUCAAAACCAUGGCUUCCUCCAUCACAAGCUCUUCUUCAAGGUUGUUUCCCAUUACCAGAGAAUCACAACCCACUUCCCAUUCCACCUUAAACUUUUCAAAGUUUGCAUCUUUCUCUUCUUCUUCUUCAGCUUCAGGUUCCAAAACCUCCUCUUAUAUCUCUUGCUCUCUCACCAGGGACCCUUCUGUUCUGCCAUUGGAGGAGCAGUCAAAGCUCUCUAAUGGGUCAGUUCUCUUUCAGAGACCGGAUUCCCUUGGGAGGUUUGGAAAGUUUGGUGGGAAAUAUGUCCCUGAGACUCUAAUCAAUGCCCUCACCGAGCUUGAGGCUGCAUUUCAUUCCCUUUCUGCUGAUGAAGAUUUUCAGAAAGAGCUGGCUGGUAUUCUUAGAGAUUAUGUUGGUCGAGAGAGUCCUCUUUAUUUUGCAGAAAGGUUGACAGAGCAUUAUAAGAGGGCGAAUGGUGAAGGGCCUCAGAUUUACCUAAAGAGGGAAGAUCUUAAUCACACUGGUGCUCAUAAGAUCAAUAAUGCUGUUGCUCAAGCUUUGCUUGCCAAGUGUUUGGGGAAAAAACGAAUUAUUGCUGAAACUGGAGCUGGCCAGCAUGGUGUCGCAACUGCUACUGUAUGCGCUCGAUUUGGUUUGGAGUGCAUUGUUUAUAUGGGGGCACAGGACAUGGAAAGGCAGGCUCUGAAUGUCUUCAGAAUGCGUCUUCUCGGUGCUGAGGUGAGACCGGUUCAUUCUGGAACUGCCACACUUAAGGAUGCUACAUCAGAGGCUAUAAGGGAUUGGGUGACAAAUGUGGAGACAACUCAUUAUAUUUUGGGUUCGGUUGCUGGGCCGCAUCCAUAUCCAAUGAUGGUAAGAGAGUUCCAUGCCGUGAUUGGCAAGGAAACCAGAAAACAAGCGUUGGAAAAAUGGGGAGGGAAACCGGAUGUUCUGAUUGCAUGUGUCGGAGGAGGUUCAAAUGCCAUGGGACUUUUCCAUGAAUUUGUCGAUGACAAAGACGUUAGACUAAUUGGCGUGGAAGCUGCUGGAUUUGGCUUGGACAGUGGCAAGCAUGCUGCGACAUUAACAAAGGGAGAAGUUGGGGUUCUGCAUGGAGCUAUGAGUUAUCUGCUGCAGGAUGAUGAUGGACAAAUUGUCGAGCCGCACUCAAUUAGUGCAGGCUUGGACUACCCUGGUGUAGGACCGGAACAUAGCUUUUUGAAAGAUAUCGGGCGCGCUGAAUAUUAUAGCAUCACUGAUGAAGAAGCACUAGAAGCUUUCAAGAGAGUUUCGCGUCUCGAAGGCAUAAUUCCGGCUCUAGAGACAUCUCAUGCUUUGGCCUAUUUGGAGAAAGUGUGUCCAACUCUUCCUAAUGGCGCCAAAGUUGUGGUCAACUUCAGUGGCAGAGGUGACAAGGAUGUUCAUACCGCCAUCAAGUACUUGAAGGUUUGAAAGCGUCGCGAUGUUCUGUAGACCAAUGGUUUAGCUUCUGAAAUGGGCUUCAUUUUUCAUACUUAUAGUUAUUGAAUUGGUUCAAUUUUCUCGUUAAAUCCAAGUUAUAGUUAAAAACGUUCAUAUAUAUCUAUAUAUUUUCAUCAUAGGACUAUGGCUAUAAUGUGUGUAAUGAACUACUUUUAAUGUUAGAUGCAAUCAAAGUCUUUCAUGGACUCUUCUGAA